CGAUGCAGAGGACGUCAUCUGCUUAGAACAUGUAGCCUGGUUAGCCGGAACGCCGCUUUAGCGUCCAACUUUUCUUCACAUUUGACCGACACUGCACACAAGUGCUGGUUGGUGUCAAAUAUGUAUGAAAAACCUUAUCACAGGAGGUACAGUUUGUUCAGGAAGCAGUUAAAAUUUACCGUGUGAAAAUAGCCGCAUUAGCUAGCCUGCUAGCUCGUCUAGCUAACCAUCAGCUAGCCCUAGCGGUUAGCGAGUGUGUCCCCUGUAAGCAGCCCAGUAAUUAGAUGUUCAGAGGACGGCUUUGCGGUGAGAUAGACUAGUCAUCGUCUGCUUGGUACGUGGCGCCUUGUGAAGGGAUAAUUACAUCCUGAGAUAAGCCGAGUCAUGGGGGCGUUCCUAGACAAGCCCAAGACGGAGAAGCACAAUGCACACGGUGAAGGCAAUGGUCUGCGCUACGGCCUGAGCAGUAUGCAAGGAUGGCGUGUGGAAAUGGAGGAUGCACAUACAGCCACUGUGGGUUUACCACAUGGCCUUGACAACUGGUCCUUUUUUGCUGUAUAUGAUGGGCAUGCAGGCUCACGUGUGGCCAACUACUGCUCCAAGCAUCUGCUAGAGCACAUUGUGGCAGCAGCACCAGCUGGCGAACUCGGCCGCAGCGUGGAGGCAGUGAAGAGCGCCGUGCGUGCUGGCUUCCUGCGCAUCGACGAGCACAUGCGUGGCUUUGCAGACCCACGCAAUGGCCUUGAUCGCAGUGGCUCCACAGCUGUGGCCGUACUGCUUUCACCUGAACAUAUGUACUUCAUCAAUUGUGGUGACUCACGCGCACUGCUUUGUCGUGAUGCGCGCGUUCGAUUCUCCACACUCGACCAUAAGCCAUGUGACCCACGUGAGAAGGAGCGGAUCCAGAACGCCGGUGGCUCCGUCAUGAUCCAGCGUGUGAAUGGCUCUCUGGCCGUAUCGCGCGCUCUGGGCGACUAUGACUACAAGUGCGUGGAGGGCAAGGGCCCAACCGAGCAGCUGGUUUCCCCCGAGCCUGAGGUAUUUGAGAUUCCCCGUGUGCCAGAGGAGGACGAGUUCGUGGUGCUGGCCUGUGAUGGUAUAUGGGACGUGAUGAGUAACGAGGAGCUGUGUGCCUUUGUGCGUGCCCGGCUGGAGGUGUCUGAUGACUUGGAAAAAGUAUGCAAUGAGGUGGUGGACACGUGCCUGCACAAGGGAAGUCGAGAUAAUAUGAGUGUUGUGUUAGUGUGUUUGCCAAAUGCGCCAAAAGUAUCAGAAGAGGCUGUGAAGAGAAACACCGACUUGGAUAAAUUUCUUGAAUCUCGUGUGGAAGAACUUUUUGAGAAAGCAGGGGAAGAGGGAAUUCCUGAUCUUGUACAUAUCAUGAGAAACCUGGCCACAGAGAAUAUCCCCAACCUCCCACCAGGGGGAGGCCUCGCCAGCAAGCACAGUGUUAUUGAGGCUGUGUAUAACCGGCUCAACCCCCAAAGAGAAGACGACGGGGUGAAAUAGUGCAGACCUGGAGGACCCCUGGUAGCUGCCCACUCUGAGGCCCUACAGCCUUAAAGGAUCCCUCUGUUCAGGAGACUCCCUUCAUACUUUUAUUCCCCUUUUUUAUGAAAUUUACAGAUUGUUUUGGGUCAUCAGUAAUAAUUUGAAGUACUGUGGCAAACAGUCUGCCCAAAAGGAUUACAAACUAUUUUUUUUGCAAAAAUAUAAGGGAAAAAGAAGAACUUUAGCUUUAGAAAGUACAGAUUAAACCGUAAAGACUGUUUUGUGCUUUUUCCCCCACUUUGUGGUUGUCGGUGUUCUUGUUGAAACUUGGCUAUGGAGCAGUGCACGCCCAUAAGCGUCGUGGUGCCUUUUUCUAACCAGCUAUGGAUGGGGGACUUGGGCUAGUGGCUGUUUCAUAGCUUUAAACCCUACCCCCACCCCACCCCUCCACCCUGAGCACAAUAGAGCAGCCAGGCAACUUGAGACCACUGCUACCCUCUUGACCUGGGGGGUAUGGACCAUCACUGGCUUUAAUCAGGAUUUCCUUGAAUGACUGACUAUUGCAUGUGGAACAUGUCUGGAGGACUUGCUACGUUACUACAUAACCUGUGUGGAGAAGUUUGAAGCUUGACAGCGUUUUUUUUUGUUUGUUUGUUUGUUUGUUUGUUUGUUUGUUUGUUUUUGCAACUUUUACACCCCACUGCCCCCAACAUGUGUUCUGAUAGAUGCUGAAGGAGAGAGACUGCAUCAGUAUUGCUUCAUUCUGCAGUUUAUUACUUAUUUGGUUGUUAUAAGCUUUUAAUUGUGCUAUUUUUCAGAGAAAAAAAAAUUUACACACACAAAAUCCCAAGCCCCAAAAAGUUGCCAUGCUGUGUAAACUGUAAAUAAAAACAAUGUGAUAAUUUGCAAAUCAUGGAAACCCUAUAUUCAGUUGAAAAUGGUACAAAGACAACUAUCAAAUGUUGAAACUGAGAUGUUAUUGUUUUUUUUUGAAAAAAAUAUGCUUAUUUUGAAUUUGAUGUCAGCAACACGUUUCAGAAAUGUUGGGACAGGGGCAUGUUUAACACUGUUAAAUCAUCUCUACUUUUAACAACACUGUAAAUGUUUGGGGACUGAGGAGACCAAUUUCCGUAGUUUUGAAAGAGAAAUGUUGUCCUAUUCUUGCCUGAUAUACAGUUUCAGUUGCUUAACAGUUCAGGGUCUCCUUUUAUCAUAUUUUGUGCUUCAUAAUGCACCAGAUGUUUUAAAUGGGAGACAGGUCUGGACUGCAGGCAGGCCAGUUUAGCACAUGAACUCUUACUGCGGAGCCAUGCAGUUUUAAUAUGUACAAAAAGCGGUUUGGCAUUGUCUUGCUGAAAGAAGGAAGGCCUUCCCUGAAAAAGAUUUUGUCUGGAUGGCAGCAUAUUGCUCUGAAACGUGUAUAUAUCAUUCAGCAUUAAUGAUGUACAAGCUAUCCAUGCUUUGUGCAUUAAUGCACCCUCAUACCAUCACAGAUGCUGGCUUUUGAAUUGUGCACUGCUAACAAGCUGGAUGGCCCCUCUCCUCUUUAGCCUGGAGGAUGUGGUAUCCAUGAUUUCUAAAAAAUUUCUACUUUUGAUUUGUCAGACCUUGGGACAAUUUUCCACUUUGCCUCAGUCCAUCAUAAAAGAGCUCAGGUCCAGAGAAGGUGGCGGUGUUUCUGGAUAUUGUUUAUAUCUGGUUUUAACUUGCAUUUGUGGAUGCAGUGAUGAACGGUUUUCACAGACGAUGGUUUUCUGAAGUGUUCCUGAGCCCAUACAGUGACUUCCACUACAGACACGUGUCUGCUUUUACUGCAGUAUCACCUGAAGGCCUGAAGAUCACAGGCAUCCAAUGUCAGUGUUCAGCUUUGUCUCUUGCAUACAGAGAUUUCCCCAGAUUCUCUGAAUCUUUAAAUGAUAUUAUGUACUAUAGAUGAUGUGAUCCCCAAAUUCUUUGCAGUUUUACAUUGAGGAAUGUUAUUCUUAAAUUGCUGCACUGUUUGCCCACACAGUCUUUCACAGAGCAAUGAACCCCUUCCCAUCUUUACUUCUGAGAGACUCCACCUCUCUGGGAUGCUUCUUUUAUACCCAGUCAUGUUACUGACCUGUUGCCAAUUAACUAACUUAGAUUUUUUUUUUUUUUUUUAGCAUUACACAACUUUUCUAAUCUUUUGUUGCCUCUGUCCCAACUUUUUUGAAAUGUGUUUAAAAUAUCAAAUUCAAAAUGAGCAUGUGUUUUUCAAAAAAACAAUAAAAUUUCUCGCUUUCAAUAUUUGAUAUGUUGUCUUUGUAUUGUUUUUCAGUGAAAAAUAGGGUUUCUAUGAUUUUAUAAAUCUUCACGUUCUGUUUUUAUUUAUGUUUUACACAGUGUUCCAACUUUUUUUUGGAAUUGGGGUUGUGUGUAUAUAAUAUGAAUAAUGUAUGUUUCAUAUUUUUUUCUUCUUGAAUACAGUGUCAUUUAUGGCUUACUGUUUAAGAAGCAAUAGAUGUGACAAAGGAUCGUGUGUCUGAGUUAUUCUGUGUGAAAUCACUAGGGUUUGAUAUCACCCAUCAUAAACACCUUAGAGCCACUGUGUUUUUUAUGUUGGUGUUUUUGUUUUAUAUAUAUAUAUAUAUAUUUUUUUUUUUGCAUGCUUGCAAUGUGAUGACAUUGUAAAGAAACUUCCGCUGUUUUAUAUUCACAUAUAUUAACUCUUCAGCUCUCGAUAAUUGAAUUGCCGUUGGCUCAUCUUACAAAAUAAAUGUCUUUAAACAUAUCGGAGGGUUAAUGAUGAAACACCAAAUGAGUACUGGUUCACAUAACGGAAUUUCAGUUUUUACAAAGUUAUCGAGCCUGUCAGUUGUAAAUAACUGUCCUGAUUUGGAUCACAUUGAAAGUAAAAAAAAAAAAAAAUAGCCAUCUCAGCUUCCUAUAUUUUGUGUGCGCGCGCGUGUGUUUAGUGAAGAAAUGUUAUGUGAAAUAUUUAAAGGGAAAUUGACAAAGAUGCUGUUUAACACCCUCUGUAAUUUCAGAUGUUUUAUGUUCAGGAUUCAUAUUUUUAAUUUGUUACACUGUGUAAAGAUAAUGUUGCUGCCAGUAUGAAAUUAUAUUAUUACUGAGAGUUUGAAGAUGACUAUCAACACAAAAUGACAGUUUGCUGAAUUUGUUUUUGCAUUUGUAAUAUGUCCUUGAUUUUGUUACCAUUUUACAGCAGCUUCUCUAAUGGGUGAUUAGAAACCUUCCAAGUGAUUGGACAUGGAAUGACCGGUGCAUAUGCGAUGUGUGUUGGCCGGCAUCUAAAGAAGGGAGUGAAUAAUUUUAAACGUACUAAGAUUGUACAAGUUAUAUGCUUAUGUAACAUGGCUCUUCAAGAAUAGUAGGCUAAAAGAGAUUUUUGAUGCCUAGUGAAGCCACACUACUUCUCUGCUCCAAUUGGUUCUGUAUCAUGUAUCCGCCCCGCUCCCCAUGCCUCAGUUCUGAUUUUUACCAUGCACAAUAGAAGUCUCGAAUCAGUUUGCCCCUCCCCCAUCCCCAAAAGUGUAUUGUAAUUUUUUUUUUUUUUUGUUCGUUUGGUUAGCUGAACAUGAAUACAAGCUUUAUGAUGAAACUGCGUAUUAUUUUCAAACUUGGCGUACAAGUGUAAUACUUGUUUUGCUCAAAUGCAUUUUCAAGAGUCACGGAUGACUACAGUCGUUGCUAAUGGUGAGCUUGAGCAGAACAAUAAAGAUCAAGUAAAAGCUGUUUCUCA